AUGGCAGUACUAAAUGCUACUCUUUGUCAACAAAUUAUUCAGUUUAAUAUUCAAAAUAUUCAGUUUAGGCCAUUGGAUUUCUCUAGAGCUUCAGCAUCAAUUCAAAAAGAUCAUUAUUUUGAAUUGCUUGCUAACGUGGCAGUUUUCAUGCAUGCAAGGUGUCUCCUUUUUGGCAUAUUGUUUGAGUUUGUCUCGACAAAAUUUGUCUUCAAUGGGGAGAACAGCAUGAAAAGCCAACUUAAACAUGUACAGAGAAGUGGUUUUGAAGUCCUUAGAUGUAUCCAGCCGUUUUAA